AUGUCUCUCGCCGUGAUCCUUCUCGGGCUUCUCUUGUCAUCGCAUCUCUCCGCGUGUGGUGCUGCGAUGGACACCCUUGCAUCCGGCCAAGUACUUGCGGGAAACAACACCAUCAUCUCCAGCAACGGCAAGUUUGCACUCGGCUUCUUCCAGACAGGCAGUAAGUCGUCCCAAAACACCCUCAACUGGUAUCUAGGCAUAUGGUUCAACAAGGUCCCCAAGCUAACUCCAGUAUGGGUCGCCAAUGGUGAAAACCCAAUCAUAGACCCUGCCUCAUCGAUGCUAACAAUCAUCAGUGAUGGCAAUCUUGUCAUCUUGAACCAAGCCACCAAAUCCACAAUCUGGUCUGCCCAAACAAAUGCCACAACCAACGACACCAUCGCAAUACUGUUGAACAAUGGCAACUUCAUCUUGCAGAGUUCCUCAAACUCAUCUAAUGUGUUGUGGCAGAGCUUUGACUACCCCACUGAUACUCUCCUCCCUGGCAUGAAACUGGGUUGGGACAAAGUCACUGGUUUGAACCGUCGUCUAGUUUCUAGGAAAAAUUCCAUUGACCUAGCUCCCGGAAGAUACAUCGACCAGUUAGACCCAAAUGGUACAGAUCAGUUCAUAUAUACACUAAGGGACUCAUCCAUACCAUAUUGGUCGAGUGGGAUAUGGAACGGCCAGUACUUCCCCUCGGCGAUGAGUAUGAUGGCGUACAAAAACUAUAUGAAUUUUACAUUUGUCAACAAUGACCAAGAGAAGUACUUCACAUAUGACGAAUCACAUGAGUUAUUUGGAAAAUUCAGAAAAAAACAUGAGUUAUUUCGUUACUAUCAUACUGUGUUGGAUGUCUCGGGUCAAACAAAGUCACUCAUUUGGGUUGAAAGCUCAGAGGGUUGGGGAAUGGUCUAUGCUCUCCCCAUGCUUCAGUGUGAUGUGUUUGAUGUUUGCGGGCCUUUCACCACUUGUAAUGAUUAUACCCUUCCAUUCUGCAAAUGUAUGAAGGGCUUCUCCAUUAGAUCACCAAAAGAUUGGGAGCUAGAUGAACGAACAGGAGGUUGUGUGAGAAAUACUCCAUUAAAUUGUGGGAUCAGCAAAACCAUAAGUAUACAAGACAUGUUCCACCCUAUUACCUGUGUUGUAUUACCCAAUAAUGGCAACAAUAUAGAGGAUGCUAGGAAUGCAGAUAGAUGUGCACAAGUUUGUCUAGGAGAUUGCACUUGCACUGCAUACUCCUAUGACAACAAUGAAUGCUUUGUUUGGAAUGGCGAGUUAAUAAAUAUGAUACAAAAACAAUGCAAUGACACUGUUAAUAGUAAUAUAGCCACUCUUUACCUUCGCCUUGCCGCCAAAGAAGUGCAAACGAGCUUGGACAACAACAACAACAGAAGAUCAUUGAUCAUUAGAGUGUGCGUUGGUGCAAGUUUUGCAUUCUUUGGUCUAUUGUCACUCUUCUUUCUGUUAAUGAUUAGGAGAAGAAGGAGGUUGUCUGCUCACAGGAUGAUUUUUCCUGAAGACAGUGUCGGCAUUACUUCAUUCAGAUACCUUGACUUGCAACAUGCAACAAAAAACUUCUCAGAGAAGCUAGGGGCAGGUGGUUUUGGUUCUGUAUUCAAGGGGUUUCUAAAUGAUUCUUGUGCCAUAGCAGUUAAAAGGCUCGAUGGUUCUCGUCAAGGAGAGAAGCAAUUCAGAGCUGAAGUGAGGUCAAUUGGAAUCAUUCAACAUAUCAAUUUAGUUAAACUGAUUGGCUUUUGUACUGAUGGGGAUAGUAGAUUGCUUGUCUAUGAACUCAUGCAAAAUCGUUCUCUUGAUUGUCAUUUAUUUGAGAGUAAUCAUACCGAAAUGGAAUUGACAUGGACCAUAAGGUAUCAGAUAGCUCUUGGAGUUGCUAGAGGAUUGGCAUACUUGCAUGAUAGUUGCCAGGAUUGCAUUAUACAUUGUGAUAUUAAGCCUGAGAACAUACUUCUUGAUGCUUCAUUUGUUCCGAAAAUAGCAGAUUUUGGGAUGGCGAAGUUUCUUGGAAGGGAUUUCAGUCGAGUUCUCACAACAAUGAGAGGAACUAUAGGAUAUCUUGCGCCUGAAUGGAUUAGCGGAACUGUUAUUACAGCAAAAGUUGAUGUCUACAGCUAUGGCAUGAUUUUGAUGGAACUCAUAUCAGGAAGAAGAAACUCAGGUGGAAACAGUGCUUCUGAUAUUGAUGAUGUUUAUUUUCCUGUGCUAGUUGCAAAUAAGCUACAAAAGGGUGAUGUGGCGGGUUUGGUGGACCAGAAUUUACGUGGUGAUGUCAGUUUGAAUCAGGUGGAAAGAGCUUUCAAGGUUGCUUGUUGGUGCAUUCAAGAUCAUGAGUUUGAUCGGCCCAAGAUGGCUGAAGUUGUUCAAUAUCUGGAAGGUUUUGUUGAAGUUGACAUACCACCGGUGCCAAGAUUUCUUCAAGCUAUUGCAGGGAAUCCACGCUGA